AUGCCUUCUUCUAGAUUUAUUCUCGUACUUCUUAUAUCACUAACUCCAUUUUCAUCUUCACAACAAAUUCAAGAAACUUUCCAUCAAUGUCUUUCGAACAUCCAAACCCCCAACUCUUUCUUCACCAAAAACGACACUAACUUCAUCUCAAUCCUCAAUUCCCGGGCCAUAAAUCUCAGAUUCACAACCCAAUCAACCCCAAAACCCGAAUCCAUUUUCACCCCAUCAAACGAAUCCCACAUCCAAACCGCGGUUAUUUGCGCUAAAAAACUCGGGAUUCAUCUCCGGCUUAGAAGUGGUGGGCAUGAUUAUGAAGGAGUGUCCUACACAUCCGUUAUGGGUCCCACGUUUGUUGUUAUUGACUUGUCAAAGAUGAGAGCGGUCAACGUUGACUUGGCGGAUAAUUCGGUUUGGGUUGAAGCGGGGGCCACAAUCGGUGAGGUUUAUUAUCGGGUGGCGGAGAAGAGCAAAACGGUUGGGAUUCCGGGGGAGUAUUUGCACGAGUUUGGGGGUGGGCGGACUUGUCUCGGGGGGAGGAUCGAAAAUCGAUGGGGGGAGGAUGUUUUUUGGGCGAUACGCGGUGGUGGUGGGGGUAGUUUCGGAAUUAUUGUUUCAUGGAAACUGAAACUUGUAUCUGUCCCUGCCACUGUCACUGUUUUCAAUGUUCCAAGAACAUUGGAACAAGGCGCUGCCAAGAUUCUUUACAAAUGGCAACAAGUGGCAUCAAAUUUUGAUGAGGAUCUUUUUGUCAGAGCCUUUAUUAGUCGUACAAGUGAUAAAACACUAACUACAACUUAUCAAGCGUUGUUUCUCGGUAUGGGAGACAGACUGUUGGAGAUUAUGAACGCGGGUUUUCCUGAAUUAGGAGUAAAAAAGGAGGAUUUGAUAGAAAUGAGUUGGAUUGAGUCGGUUAUGUUUAUCGGGGCGUACCCUUUAAACACCCCGCCAUCUGUCCUCCUUGAUGGAAAACCGAGGUCUUUGAAUUAUUUCAAAGCAAAAUCGGAUUUUGUGAAGGAAGUGAUACCGGAAUCGGGGUUAGAAGGAUUAUGGAAAAUAAUGUUGGAAGAAGGAAGUCCUUUUAUCAUUUGGAACCCGUACGGCGGAAUCAUGAGCAAGAUUUCGGAAUCGUCUAUUCCGUUUCCGCAUAGGAACGGAAUUCUUUUUAAGAUUCAGUACUAUAGCUCGUGGAUGGAUUCUGGAAUGGAGGACAAGUAUGUAAGUAUGAAUCGGAAGGUUUAUGAGUAUAUGACAAAGUAUGUUUCAAAGUCCCCAAGAGAAGCUUAUGUGAAUUACAGAGAUCUUGAUCUUGGAAUAAACGAGAAAAGUAAUGUUAAUUGGGGAAUUAACUACUUCAAAGAUAACUUUUCUAAGUUGAGGAAAAUCAAGACCAAGUUUGACCCUUCAAACUUCUUCCGUCAUGAACAAAGCAUCCCUGUUCUUAAGUAA